AUGAUUGAUAGUGUGCAAGAAACAAAAGAAGAAGAUGAAAGUGGGAUCGUGUUCGAUCAAUACACUAUCAACGCUGUUGAAGUACACUUGGCCGAUCAACAGCCUACUUUGCUGCGUAAACGCGGUUUAAUUGAUGGUGUGCAAGUGACAAUCUUAUUGGAUUGUGGAGCUUUGACCAACGUGAUUCGUCCAGGCCUUGCGUCACGAGUCAUCAGUAAACAUCGGGGCCAGCUGAAGAGGUUUGAUGGCUCUCUAACCCCGCCAGCCGAGUUAUCGACAGUUGAAGCAACUGUUCGGAUGAGUGACAUAGAAUUUGCCCACAUGAUUUUUACGGAGAGUCCCUUAGAUGCUGAUCAGGACGUCAUUUUUGGGCUUCCGUGGUUUCGCACGUACGCCCCGCAGGUGGACUGGAUCUCCGGUAAAAUUCUACACCAACAGGCUCACGCUAACUCAGAUGGUAUGAACGAGAACGGGUUGGCCCAUCCAGAUCAGUAUAAUCUAAGCCCUGUACGAAGUGGACCUUCGCGACAAUUGUAUGUGAGACGGAACGAAUACGCCGAGAUUUACAUGGUAAAGGUAUCUCCUGUUCCCACAAGCGAUAUCAUCCCUGUUUGGGUUUAUGAUCUUAUUUUGGAAUAUAGCAAUGUCUUUCCUGAAACGCUUCCUGAUGGUCUCCCGCCGAAACGUGCUGUGCAGUUCGAAGUUGAGAUGAAACCGGAUGCCAUUCCCAGCUCUCGAGCCCCCUUUCGUCUGUCCAAGACGGAGCAAGAAGCGCUCGAGUCCUUCGUGACAGAGAACCUUAAGAAAGGCUGGGUAGAAGUCUCAAACUCACCGUGGGUUUCCAACGUCUUUGGUAUACCAAAAAAGAACCAUGUUACUGGACAAGCUCCCACCCGGGGUGAGUGGCUUCGGUCGGGAAAUUGCUCGCAACCUAUUCGCUGGGUUAUCGAUUAUCGAUACGUGAAUAGUCAGACCAAGAUUCCAAAAAUUCCUCUGCCUCUCAUUGAGGAGCUUUUUGAUCAAAUGACAGGCUGUACUGUUUACACCGUUAUAGACUUGGCUCAAGGAUAUCAUCAGAUGCUUGUAAACGAACCCAGUCGUCAAUACACGGCUUUUCGGACUCACAAGGAGACAUACCAAUGGUGUGUUGCGCCUAUGGGCUUGGCAGGAAUGCCAGGUGUCUGGUCCCGACUUAUGCGGGUCCUCUUCGAUAAAUUUGACUUCGUGGUUGUAUACCUUGACGACAUUUGCGUCUUUUCCAAGUCGAACGCAGAUCACAUUCGGCAUCUGCGCGAAGUGUUUAAGGUACUGCGCCAAGAGAAGCUCUACGCACAUCGGGGAAAGUGCUCUUUUGGCAAGGACAGUGUAGCGUUUUUAGGCCAUACAAUAUCAAAGAAUGGCUUGAGUGUGGAUCAGCGGAAGACAACAGCUAUUGAGCAGAUGAAGGCACCAAGCACGCGGAAAGAACUAAUGAGCUUUCUUGGAUUAGCUGGAUACUAUCGACGGUUUAUCUGUGCUUUCGCACAAAUUGCACUACCCCUUACGAAGCUCGUUAAAAAGGAAGUGCGGUGGGAGUGGUCGCACGAUCAAGACAAAGCAUUUCGCGACUUAAAGGUCGCCCUUCAACAAGCACCUGUGCUUCAGCUACCGAACUUCGCGAUCAAGUUUACUGUCACCACAGAUGCUUCCGGGUGCUGCAUGGGUGGCGUCCUGUCCCAGAUCGCGGAUGGCAAAGAUCACCCCAUUGCAUUUUACUCUAAGAAGUUUGGGGUUCAUGAGCAAGCGUGGCCUGCCCACGAGCAAGAACUAUUAGCGAUCAAGACGGCUCUUUCCAAAUGGCGCCAUUACUUACAUGGACGUUCUUUCGAUGUGUUUACAGACAAUACUGCGUGCCGCUGGAUGCUUCAUCAUCCCAUUGUUACACCAAAAUUGGCUCGAAUGUUGACAUUUUUCUCGCAAUUCGACUUUACGUUGCACCAUGUCAAAGGCACCUCCAACGUGGUCGCCGAUGCGUUGUCACGGCCGAACGGGGUCACUCCGCUCGCAGACAGUUUAUUAGUUUCAAUGCCUCGUAUUCAUAACUGUGGGCAGCAGUGCGUUAUUCACGAAAAAACUCUGCGUCGUCACGGUGUCCACUUGGCAGCUCUGUGCGCUCUCUCGCGUCUCGAUCAAGACCUUCUGCUCGAUGUGCAUGACCUUCGGGAGGUGGAUAAUGUACUUCACCACGUUGGUGUAAAUCAGAUUCAACAAGUACACGUGCAGGAUCAAGUUCAGCACAUCGAGUUCGUGGUAUCAAGUGUGCACCUCUCCCCUGCGAUGAAGAAAUCGUUUAAGGUCGGCUACGCGCAUGAUCAGGAAUUUAAGAGUGCUCUCAACAACGUUCAUGAGAAGUACGUGUUAAAGAAUGAGCUUCUUUAUCUGAAAACAAAGCAUGCUGUCAAUCGACUCUGCGUUCCAUCGGACAAUCGUUUGAUCACCGGUAUCCUCCGAGAACAUCACGAUGGGAACACAGCGGCACAUCCAGGAAUACGUCGCACUCAGUUAAAGGUGGCGCAAUGGUACUUUUGGCCAAACUUGGAACAAGAUGUACGCGAUUACGUAUCAAGCUGUGGUACAUGUGUGCGAUGGAAGACGAGCACACUGAAGAAAAAUGGAAAGCUCAUGCCAAUACCUAUACCAGAAGACUGUUCGGAAGUUGUAUCGAUGGAUUUUAUUACGGGACUACCAGUGUCAAGCGGGUUUGACGCGAUCAUGACUAUAGUUGAUAAACUAUCGAAAGAUGUGGUGCCUGGGAUGUAA